AUGUCCACCACACAGUCCAAUGUCACUAAAGUGGGGGAAUUAAAGGAUUCUUCCAUUUGUCGCACUGCAACAACAGAUUUGACACAUUAUGACACCAACUAUGUGUCUAGCGACACAAACACUGAUAGUGACAGCAAUUGUGAGAUGUACUGGCGCAUUUACGGCAAGAAUUACGAUCGAUCCAAAUUGACUGUCACGGCAAAUUACGCAUCAACCAAGAAAAAGUGGCAGGUUGCUCGGAUUAAUGAUAGGCGUGGUGAUUCGGUCCUUGAAUACAAGUAUCAAGUGCUGUGGGUUAACCCUCUCGUCAAGAGACGACGGUACUAUCAGCGGACAUGGGAACCUCGUGCCCAGCUGCUCGCUGAUGACUUCUGGAAAGAGAUUGAGCUGGUGGACAGGUGA